CAUUAUCAGGUCAGGUAUGAGAUCGAACCCAAUCAUGGCCAAAUUUCCCAAGUAACUGGGUAUCUUCUUCAACCCUAAACAUGCCUACCAAAACCCUAUUAGCAGCAUUCAAGAAAUCCAUCCCCAAAGUUCCAACUCCAUUAAACUCCGACCAACGAACCGCCAAUCUCAUUUCCAAAUCUAUAAUAACUUCACAAUCUUUCCAGUUUCCCCUCACGUCUUUAAACCCAAAUAUCAUACACCUCGUCCUCUCAAACACGCACAUUCCACCUCAAUCUUGCUUCAAUUUCUUCAAUUCCCUCCAACCCAAAAAAUUGAAUCUUAUCGAACCAUACAUUACACUUUCUUGUCGCCUUUACAAGUCCAAGGAUUUUGUUCUUGCUAAGGACAUCUUGAAUCAAUUAGCCAUUAACAAUGGUAUCCAGCAGCCUAUACAAAAAAUUACGUGUUUCGUUAACGAGAGUUGUGUUAGUGGAUUCAGUAAGGUUGUUGUAGCGAAGUUAUUGGAUACUUUGUUCCGUGUUUACGCUGACAACCAGAGGUUUGAAGAGAGCUUGGAGGUUUUUGAUUACAUGAAAAGUAAGGAGUUCAGUAAGAUUGAUGAUAGAUCAUGUAUGGUUUUUCUUCUUGCCGCAAAGAGAUGUGAGAAGUUUGAAUUGUUGUCGGAGUUCUUCCGUAAAAUGGUGGAUUCGGGAGUCAUGAUAACGGUGUAUUCAUUGACAAUUGCAGUCUCGGCGAUGUGUAAGCUUGGGCAGAAUUCUGAGGCAAAAGAAUUGAUGGACGAAAUGAUUACAAAAGGGGUUAGACCAAAUGCGAAUACAUAUAAUGCUUUGAUCGAUGCCCAUCUAAAGAAAUCAGAAUAUAGGGAAGUAGAGAUGAUUCUGGAUUCAAUGAAGAGGGAAGGAGUUUCUUACUCCGUAGCAACUUAUACGCUUUUAAUCGAGUUAAGUUUGAUGAUGGGGAAAAUUGAGGACGCAGAGAAGGUGUUUGAUGAAAUGCUUUUAAAGGGUAUAACUCCUGAUGUUUAUGUGUAUACUUCAAUGAUUAGUUGCAACUGUAAGUUUGGGAAAAUGAAGAGGGCCUUCGAGUUGUUUGAUGAAUUGACUGAGAAAGGCCUUCUCCCAAAUAUCCACACUUACGGAGUGUUGAUCAAUGGUGUAUGCAAAGCAGGGGAGAUGAAAGCUGCUGAAGUUUUGUUGAUUGAAAUGCAGAGUAAAGGUCUAGAUGUGAAUGAUGUCAUAAUCAACACAUUGAUGGAUGGGUAUUGUAAAAAAGAAAAUGUUGAUGAUGCAAUUAAGUUGCAGAGUUUAAUGGAGAAGAAAGGCUUCAAACCUUCAUUCAUUUCCUACAAUAUCAUCGCUACUGGUUUGUGUAAAGCAGACCGGCUCGAGGAAGCAAAGACAUUGUUGUUUCAAAUGGCGGAUAAUGGCAUCGCUCUAAAUACACAAACUUACACCACUUUGAUCGAUAUAUUCUGUAAGCAAGGGGAUUUCAGUGAAGCUAGACGAACGCUUAUGGAGAUGGAGAGUAAGGGGGAGAGACCAAAUGUUGUGACAUAUAAUGCUUUUAUUGAUGGGUAUUGCAAGAAAGGGUUGAUGAAGGAAGCUCAUAAGGUAAGAAGUGAAAUGGAAGACAAAGAGGUGAUGCCUGAUGUUUACACUUUCACUUGUUUAGUACAUGGGGAAUGUAUGGCUGGGAGAGUUGAUGAUGCAAUGAAGCUGUUUGAUGAAAUGCCACAAAGAGGUUUUGUUAGAAAUGUGAUAAGUUAUACAGCUAUGAUUGCUGGGUUAUCGAAGGAGGGAAGAUCAGAAGAAGCUUUCAGGCUGUAUGAUGAGAUGAAAAAUGCAGGUAUUUUGCCUGAUGACACCUUGUACUCUACCCUUGUUGGGAGUCUUCAUAGUUUUAGGGGUUAAUUACCAUAAAGAAAGAAAACAUAUUUAACUUUGUAUACCAACAAAUAUUCUUACAUAAUGAAGCAAUUCGAUCACCUCUU